AUGUCCGCCUUGCUGACUGGUUGAAAGCGGCACGUGUACAUAAGUACAACCAAUACUUGCAUACUCAGAAAUGUCAGUGUUUCCUCGUUACGACUAUCACGUGAACGCGGCAACGGGAGCAGAAACACACAUGUGUUGUAGCGGUUCUUAAUAUACCUCCGCGGUCGUUGCUGGACAAACAUUUAUACAAACUAAUUUAAUCCACAUAACAUUGAAGAAGAGGCGCCACCUACAUCAUGAAUGAUUUUGGAAGCUACCCUCCGCCGAACUUUGUCUCUCCUCCUCCGGGUUCGAUGGUGAGUCCGCCAACGUUCCUUCCACCUCCGAGCAACUUCCAGCCCGGUAUGUGGAACUGGUACGAGCCACCGUCCGAGCCGUGGAGAUAUAACGGCCAGGGAGAACACUGGAACUGCGGCCCCGGACCAGGUCGACCCAGAGGCUCCUAUGGCCAGAACUUCCAUCGUGGAGGCGGAAGGCAGGACUAUGGUCGUCCCAACAACCAUGGGAAAAAGCAGAAAAAUAAAAAAGAACCAGAGUUUUCACAUUUCUGUGACCCGUGUGACCGAGGCUUCAAAAACCAAGACAAGUAUGACCAACAUGUCUCUGAACAUGUCAAGUGCUCGGUUGAAGACUGCAGCUUCACUGCUCAUGAGAAGCUGGUCAACAUUCACUGGAAAAAUAACCGUGUUUAACCUCCUCCUGU